AUGACAUCAGGCAAAGAAUCGGCUGUUCCAUCAGUUCGGGUAAAAAACCUUGGCGCGACAGGUAUCUCUUCCGGCCAUCUGAACUCAACCAGACUAGAAGACUUAUCGGCGACUAAAUCAAGUGCGAUCAAACCAAGCCCAAAACGUGGUUCGUCUUCCGGUGUCAACCUCGCCGGUGGCCGCAAAGAAGCCAUCUCCGCCGCCGCCAAGGGGAAAUCGAUUGUCUCCGACGUCGUUGUUGCUCUGCGUCUUAUCUUUGUCUUCUACUACGGCUUCAAGAGUAUUCAUAGAUGCCGAUAUCCAAGAGACACGCUCAUAUCUCAGUUGGUUGCUUGGUUUGAGUGCACAGCAACUAUUGAUGACGUUGACCAUGGUGCUGGGUGGUACUAUAUAGGCUGUCGUGUCUGUCAUACCAAGGCAAUCAAGGGGCCAACAACUCUCAUGUGUAAGAAGUGUGGGAAGCAUGAAAUUGAUGCUGUGCCACAGUACCACUCGAAGCUAAAUGUGUAUGACCACAAGGAUCAAGCUGUCUUUGUAUUUCUCGGUGAUGCUGGUGAGGAGUUGACUGGAAAGAAAGCUGCUGAGUUGGUUGAUAACUACUAUCAGGUCAACGGAAUUGAAGAAGAGGAUCACAUUGUCCCAGUGCCUCAGGCUCUAAUCAAUACCAUAGGACAAACCAGGAAAUUUGUUGUGAAGGUCUCUGCUUAUAACCUCACUGGCAAGUCACAGAGUGUGACUGUGACAAAAGUGUUCCCUCUUGAGGAGGAAGAACCAGAGGUCAACAUUGGAGAUGAAGCUGGAGAGGCACCUGUAGCCAAUAUGGAGGAUGAAGCAGAGGAGUCUGUGAAAAGGAGUGCUGAUGUGAUUGAGGGUGAAGAAGCCAAACGUUCAAAGCUUGGCUAA